UUUACAGUCACAAAUAGCAGACAUUCACAGGUAUUCAGUUUAAAGUAUUUACUACCAAUAUAAAUAUAUUCUGACAUGCUUCACAUAUAGUCCACAUGCAAAAAACAUUUUUUUGUUUGGCUUAUUAAACAGGAAACUGAGUUUCAAAGAUUUGAUCAAAUGUCCUUUGACUCAUCAGUUUAACAGUUCUAUCCCAGCAGCUUUCAGGAGUAUAAUUAGUCUGGUGACAGUCACACUUGGCUACUAUCAUGCAAGUAAUACAUCCAUUAUUUGGUUAUUUUAUAUUUGAUUGUGGUUACUUAGAUUGUGUGAAAACAUUUUUUUAAUUUACUUUUAAUAUAUUUACUCUAAAAUGCUCUGCCAGCAGUAGUGCCUUUAUAUAAACAAAAAAGGGAUGAAGAUACCAUGCAUGAAGAAUUUAAUUUUUCCAGCUCUAGUAUUUUUCGUAACUUUUUUUUUUAGACUCCUGCUUUUUAUGUUUUCCAUCUUAUUCCUAAUAUUCUAUACUCUUAUCCAAUACUUUACAUGAAACAUAAGACAGUCGAGGGCUGUAUUUUAGAAUUCUGCUUAAUCUCAUUCAGUUUCAUUUCACUGGUCCAUGUAGACAAAGGCUCCAGAAGAAUGUUAAGGAUUGCAUGUGAGUGGCGGUUGUUCCGAGCACUCAAGACUAGUCUUCUGUGACCUCAAAUCAGAGCAUGGGACUUCUAGGUAUUUAAACUCAAAUCACAGGAUCAGUCAGAUGCUGCUUCAUUGCAUUAUAUGCAAGAGAAUUUUGAAACUGAUUUAUGUGGUAAUUAGAUACCUUGUCUGUCUGGAAGGUUAAGGCCUGCAAGAGACGACAAAUGGGGAAAUUAUUCACAUGUUAUUAUUUCCUUCAUGGGUAUCUUGAGGCUUCAGUGAUGUUGUAGCCUCACGGCUCCACAUCAGGCUUUAAAAACCAAGGGGAUGUCCUUUUUGAGACCACUGAGCCAACAGCGUACCACUGGGCCUGUUUAAUUGUAUCCUGCAGUGUCUUUCGCUGAAAGUAGUACUAAGAGCCAGAAUGGAGUAUCACCAUGCUUCAGAGAUGAAUGGAGUAGUUGCAGAGUACCUGAACAUGCGUGUUGAGUCUAAACAAAAUAGUUUAUGCAAAGAAGAGAAGGAAACUGUAGAUGCAACAAAACUGCCUCAUAUUGAGAAAGCUUAUACUACUGUACUGAGUGAGCUUGGAGAGGAUGUCGAACGGGAGGGACUUCUACGUACACCACUACGUGCAGCCAAAGCCAUGCAGUUCCUCACCAAAGGCUACAAGGAAACAACCCAAGAUAUCAUGAACGAUGCUAUCUUUGAUGAGAGCCAUGAGGAGAUGGUGAUUGUAAAGGACAUUGAUUUGUUCUCUCUCUGUGAACAUCAUCUGGUGCCCUUCUUUGGCAAGGCUCACAUAGCAUACCUCCCAAACAAGAAAGUGGUUGGUCUGAGCAAACUUGCUAGAAUUGUUGAGAUCUACAGCAGGAGGCUUCAAGUUCAGGAGCGUCUAACUAAAGAGAUUGCUUCAGCUAUCUCUGAAGCAUUGGAGCCUGCUGGAGUGGCAGUAGUUAUCGAGGCUGUUCACAUGUGCAUGGUGAUGAGAGGAGUGCAGAAGAUGAACGCCAGUACUGUUACAAGUGUCAUGCUGGGAACAUUUAACGAUGAUCCCAAGACCAGGAAGGAGUUUCUUGCCCUCACAAUGAAGAAAUGAGUCGUUUUUAUCAGCAGUUCAACAGAGGGAAUUGUUUUAACAAGUAACACUUAGUUAUACUUGAUUUCAUUGUGUUCUUUAUCUCUGCCGGUUUUAUUUUCAGUGAAAAGGUGUAUUUUAUGGGGUUGGUGGCAGCCUUUCUUGAGCUGGUAUCUUUGUAUGUUUAAAUAUAUAUUACUGGAAUGUCUCACAAAAAAUCCAUUGGAAUGUGAAUUCUGUACAACAUAGUGUUAAAUUAACAAAUGAUCGUAAUAUUUAAUUUAUGUCAUAGUUACAUGUAAAUGUUUACAAUGUAAAGGUACAUGGAAAAAUAAAUGGAAAGCUAUUGUUAUUUCCCUUGUGUUUAUCCUUAUCUUUUAUGUUUUUAAGUGAGUGCCCCAGUUAUUCUGGAUAGUAUUACAUGUAGUUUCCUAACAGCAAUGUCAGGAUAAUGGAUCAUAGUUUACAUAGGGUUUGAUACA